AUGGGUUCUCGAGUAGUGGUAACAAGGGCGAAUAGAAUAAAGGCAAAGUUGCAAUCGGCACUGGAAGCCACCGCUUUGGAGAUCGACGACGUGUCGUACCAGCACGCUGGACAUGCCGCCGUCAGAGCCAGCACUGCAGAAGGCCAGAGUGAGACUCACUUCAACGUCAAGAUCGUCUCCCCAAAGUUCGACGGACAGAGCCUCCUCAAACGCCAUCGUUUGGUCUAUGAUGCUCUUGCCGACGAGCUUCACUCUGGUCUACACGCUCUUUCUAUUGUCGCUAACACACCCCAAGAAGCUGAAGCCAAAACCAAAACCCAAAACCCAACACCCAAUAAAUAA